AUGUCUUCUGGUGGCAACAAGUUUCCUUCGCCCAUUGGUGGCAUUCCUUUCCCGCAUGAUUUUGCGCCCGCUUUAUUUUUUACGAUUCUUUAUGCUGUCACCGUUCAUGUUGCGGCCUAUCGCAUGAUCUCCAAGCGUUCGCGAACGCUCGUCCUCAUCGCCACUACAAUAUUCUGCGUGGAGCGAGUCGCUGACUUCGCCAUUCGUGCCGCCGAGGCUAAGGAGCCCAAUAUCCGCACAACGAAGUUCUUCGUCGGUUGGCUGCAGAGCGCGUACGCCAUGGGGUACCUCAGUACGACUGGGGACCUCCUCAACAUCUCACGGAUGUUCAUCUUGCAAACUACCAAAGGCACCUCCUUAACUGUUCAGCUUCCCCCGUCUGAUCGCUUUUCUCCCCGUAUGGAGGAAGAGCAGCCACUCACGGCGACGCGCCCCGACAAUGCUACCUCAUCCUUCACUAAACUCCCGAUGACCGAUCAGGAGGAGUUCGAAGACGAACCAAAGCUCCGCGCUACGAUAGAGCGGAUUGGUUUGGUAACGCUCGUGCUCAGGCUGAAUGCAAUCGCCCUCGCCGCGGUUUCCGGCGGGAUAUACUUCAAUGGCGUCACGAGUGCGAGUCAGGCCAACAUCGUACAGAUAACCAGAUAUGCGUCAGCGAUCAUCGUGCUCUUCCUCCAGCUCUCUGCACUGGGCGUGGUUCUCUGGGCGCUUUCGAUGCGUCCCCAUCGGACGCCCCGCGGGCCCGCACUCUACCUCUGCAGCAUAGUCGGCGUGAUCAUGCUCACUACGAUCUACCGAUUGGCCGCGAUGGACAACCACACUACGUCUCUCACGGCGAUGGGGCCGGGGUCGCUCAACGGGCCGACGGCGAAGGCGCUGUUUUACAUAUUCCACGUCGCGCCGGAGUGGCUCUCGGUGGCCAUGCUGCUCGCCGUCAACGUGAGAGAGGUAUACCAUGUCCCUGCAGGCUUGAAGUUCCAUUGA